UACUUUUUCCUCGGCAAAAGAAAAAGACGACGUUACAAAAGAGCUCAUCAAGUACGUGGUCCUCCGUCCUUAGGAGAACAACGCCUUGCUCAUGUGGACGAUCAGGCAGAUGGUCCACAAGAAUAUAUCUUAGUAAAAAAACGUAGACAACCAAGAUCUGCUCCAACGGGAAAAACGAAGAGGCCAAAAAAACGUGUAGAUCGACGUGAUGUACGUCGCCGCAUGAUUAUUGAUAUUCAUUUAGAAGUCUUAGACGAAUGUCAAAGGGAGGACAAACAAUUGUUUCAGAAGGACUUUUUUGAAAUUUUGAUUCGGGAGUUUAUUGGAAGCGAAUUUAUGAAAGAAGAAAAUGUUCCUAAGGAAGAAUUUGUUCCUAAGGAAUGUGUUCCUAAGAAAAGUGUUCCUAUGGAAGAGGUUCCACGUUCAGAUUCCGGGUUUAGGAAAGGAGGACUUUUAUUUGAGGAGUGUGAAAGGGAAGAAAAUGUCCAUAAUAAAGAAUUGUAUUUAGAUCAUUUAUUACAAAAUGAGAGGGCCACCAUGGAGGACUUCAAGUAUUUUACGGAGUUUUUAGUAGAAUGGAUAAAAGUGAAAAACUACAGGACCUCAGGGGAUUAUGAUAAAAUAUGGAAUGACUUGGAGAAAAUAUUCGAAGAUGCCAUGAAGAAUGUGUUUAGUGAUCUAACAAUAAUUAAUAAUCUGUGUAGUGGAGAAGUGCAAGACGGGGAGAAGAAAAAUUUCAGCCCCGAAGACAAAGAAUUAUGUAAAACAAUGGUAAAAAUAUUAUUAUACAUUAAUGGAAUAAGAAUAGCAGAGUAUCAUAAUAUAAAAGGAAUAAAAAGUGCUCCAAGCCAUGAGCAGAUUGAUUCCUAUUUUAGAUGUAUAGUAGGAAGAAUAAUUAUGAUAAAAUGGUUGGGGGGUCACUGUAGUAGGCAUAAAGUUGCAGAAACUGUUUUAAGUGCUGUAAAAGGCUGGGGAGGUAUGAGUACAAUGCAGGAUGUCCAUAAGAAAUGUGCAGGAUUGGAUUUUAUUAAUAUGGGAAUUGGGGGGAAAUAUCUUUGGCCCCAAAUGGAAGAAUGGGCACAGGAAAAGAAACAAGAUAAAAAAAGUACUUAUGUGAGAAAUGGUAUAGUUAAUCUGGAGACCAGGAAAAAUAAGGGGACGAAAUGUACCAAACCGAGGAAGGGGCAGAAGUCAGAACCCUCCAAUACAGAGGACGAUGUUAAAAAUUUAACGGAAUUAUUUGGUGUAGACAGUGAGGAUCAGUUGGACGAAUUAGUUGAAGAUGAGGAUAAAUGGCCUAAGACAGAUGUGACAGAAGCUUUACAAUUAAUAGAAAAAGAAAGAGGGGGAAAUGAUAGUUGGGACCAAGAUAUGUAUAGGAAACUACAAAGUAAACUAGGGGAACUAUUUCAGAAGAAAAUGGAAGAACAUGAAAAGCAGAAGGCAGCAAAACAAGCAGCAGUUAGUCAAGCAGGUGAUGAGGACUGCACCAGCCAUGAAAAAACCUUAUGUGCACGUGCUCAAUGUGCAACAGUAAAUUGGUUUAAGGACAGGAAAACUGAUGCCGGGGUGAAGCUGGACUGGUGUACAUUUUGGGGGGAGAACGACGUCGGAAAAUUGUUGAAGGAACUUUCUAAAGCUAUAACCGAUACAAAUACAGGAGACAGCGGUAUAUGCAAAGACGUUGGGAAGACAGAUGGUACACUACAUAAGGAAGCAAACAGAAAAUCUUGUGAAUACAUUGUUAAAGGUUUAGAAUACAUAUAUAAGAUUGGGAAAUCUGGGGGUUGGACGAAGAAUGAUCCUGACCAACAAAAUAAGAUGGAACGUAACCAACAAUUUGGUCAAACUAUGUCAUGCUUUCUACUGAACGCUUAUGCAGAUCAACUUAUCGAGAAGGGGAAGGACUGUGGUAUUACGGAGCAAAGAAUAGGGGAAAUGUUCACUAAAGGAAAGGGUCUUUACUCAACUCUGUGUGCGAAGGACACUAAUUGUGUUGAAUGUAAAAGGGAUGAUAGUUAUAAAAAGUGCACACUGAGCGUGAACGAAGCAAUAUAUGAAAAAAGGGAUAAGUGCAAAGAAUACAAAGAUAAUAUAGAAAACAAAGUAAAAGAAAUUCUUAAUAAUGAUGACAGAGUAAAACGAACUCUGAACAGCAUAUGCAGAGAUUGCACCCAGAAGGAUAAAACCUUAUGUCAACGUUUGGACUGUAUAGCACAUAAUUGGUUCGAGGACAGAAUAGGUAACAGCGGGAAUAAGCAGACCUGGUGUGAAUUUUGGAAUCCGGACGUCAAGAAGAGACUGAAGGAAAUAUCUGAGAAAAUGGUGACGGGGAGUGCAACCAUGGAUUCACUGUGCGAGGGCACUGUUGGAAAGACCACUACACUGAAUGCAUCAGGGAAGAAAGCAUGUCAAUACAUUUUUGCAGGUUUAAAGGGCAUUUAUGGCAUGAAGGAGAAUGCGAAUGAGCCAAACAAGAAGAAAGCAAGGAAUAAUCGACUAACAGAACAAACCAUGUACUGUCUAUUCCUGAAUGCGUACGCAGAUAUGCUUAUAGAGAAAACGAAGGGAAAAGUCUGUCCUGUCACAGAAAAUGAAAUAAAAGAUAUGUUUGAUAAAGGAAAUGAAAAUAUGACCACUUGGUGUGUCCAAAAAAAGGACGAUGGUAAGGAUGAUUGCGUUAAAUGUACAAGGGAUAAAAGUUAUGAAAGUUGCAAGUUAGACGUGGAUAAUGACCUAUGGGAUCGGAACAGUGGGUGCCUGGAAGGCAAAGAGAAUGUGAAAAAAAAAGUGGAAGAACUGCUCGACCCAAAUAAGAACACGGAACCAAAAGUGAAGGAAGUUCAGGAUGCUAUAAGUUCUUUAAAUAAUAAGGUCUCCUUAUGUAAUCGUGUGAAAUGUAUCUACUAUAGGUGGGGUGAAAACAGGAGAGCUGGAGGUAUAGGAGAGCCACCUUGGAACCAAUUCUGGGAGCCCGAUGUCAAAAAGAGAUUGAAUGAACUGUCUGAAGCUAUAACGGGAACGAAUGUAACUCACGAAAGUUUAUGUGAAGACAUUGAGGAAAAAGAUGGAACACCUUCAGCAGCAAGAAAAAAAGCAUGUAAUUUUAUUGUUAAGGGCUUAGAACAUAUAUAUAAAAUUGAAAGGGGCACUGACGGCCAGAAUCAACAGAAGAAAGACGAUAACCUCAUAUUCCACCGAACUUUCUCUUGUAUCCUACUCAAUGCAUUGGCAGAUGAAAUGGAGCAAAAGUGUCCAAAAAAGAAGGAUGACAUAAAAAAAGGCAUAACGCAUGCCUUCACUAAGAGUGAACAUAUUAAAAGUACAACAUUUCCAUGCAAUACUCAAGGUGAUAUGUGUCCUUUGUGCACUCAGGAUAAUAGCUAUAAAGAUUGCAAAAUAAAGGAUAGAGAUGGGGAUACAAUAAAAAAAAGAUUCGACGAGAUGCUGGACCCAAAUAAGAACACGGACACAAAAGUAAAGCAAGCUCUGAAUACAAUAUAUAAUAUAUGUCCGAAGGAUACGAAAGAAUCCUCAGCAAGUAGUUCAGUGGCCAGAAGUGAUGACCUCCCUGAACCAGCACCAGGACCAGUACCAUCACCAACACCAGCACCCGAUGCUCCCGUACCCGCAUCACCAGGACCACCACCAAUUAACUCGCAUACAGAACCAACAGGUAAGGCAGACAUUAUUGAUACUGAGGAUGGUAUUAUUGUUAAUGGUGUUAAACUCACUUUUAAUGACCCCAAAAUAAGUUCUACUGGUAGUGGUUAUAAUGAAGACAGUAAGUACGAUAGUGGUACAUGGUCUGUUACAGAUAAUGCUGCGACGACCACUGUUCAUAAUGCUACUCCUGCUGUUAUUUCAGGUCCAGGUCCUAUAGGUCCAAAUCCAGCAGACUCCCAAACUCCAAGCACAGGAACAGACACUCAAACUCCUUCAGGAUCAGCUUCCUCCGGCACAGUAACUCCAACUCCAGGCCAACGUACCCCAGUAGUACCAGGUGCAGGGGUUCCCGGAGCUGUUAGUCCUGCUGCUACUGCUGGGGGAGGUGGUGCUGGUGGGGGUGGGGGUAGUUCCAGCGGUAACCAGAACACUGGUAAUCCAAGACCAGGUUCUACAGGAACUUGGAACCCAGGUUCUUCUGGUCCUGGUAGUACUGGACACCAGUCUCCUGGUUCCUCCGGUCCUGGUAGUACUGGAACCUGGAAACCCGGAUCCUCUGGUCCAGGUUCUUCUGGUUCCGGUUCCACAGGAACGUGGAACCCAGGUUCGUCUGGUUCUGGCAGUACUGGAACUUGGAAUCCAGGUUCAUCUGGUACCGGUUCUACUGGAACCUGGAAUCCAGGUUCUUCCGGUACCGGUUCCACAGGAACGUGGAAUCCUGGUUCUUCUGGUUCUGGUAGUACUAGACCACAGGGACCACCUCCUCCAGGGAGACCUCAAGGACCACCACAACAAGGUGGUAACAAACCCCAAGGUCCACCACUAUCAACACAUGCAACAGCAGCAGUAGUACCGUUACCUAGAGCUGUUCCAGUUAGUAACCCCAUAGAACCGUCUGAUUUUACCCCAUACCUUCCUACAAUUCCCGUUCUAAUUGGUACUUCUGUCAUAACUUAUCUCCUUUGGAAGUAUUUUUUCCUCGGUAGAAGAAGAAAACGUUACAGGAGAACUCAUCAAGUGCGUGGUUCUUCUUCCUUACAAGAACAACUCGUUGCUCAUGUGGACGACCAGGCAGAUGGCCCACAUGAAUAUAUUUUAGUAAAGGAACGCAGACAACCAAGAUCAACACCACAGAAAAGAGGGAAACAAGUUGGUAAGCGUGGUGUAGGUCAUCGCACUAUUAUUGAUAUUCAUUUAGAAGUUUUAGACGAAUGUCAAAAAGGGGACCUGCAUUCGACGAAGGAAGACUUUUUUGAAAUUUUGGUUCAAGAAUUUAUGGGAAGUCAAUUUAUAAAGGAGGAAAGUGUUCCUAAGGAAGAGGGUCAAAGUUUAGAUUUCGGGUUUUAG